AUGGGCUGCGUCCAGUCUUCCGGCAUCGACGACGAGGCCAAGGCCCGCAAUGAUGAGAUCGAGAAUCAGAUCAAGCGGGACCGCAUGAUGGCCAAGAACGAGAUCAAGAUGUUGCUUUUGGGAGCUGGAGAGUCGGGCAAGUCUACUGUCCUCAAGCAGAUGAAGCUCAUUCACCACGGUGGAUACAACGAGCAGGAGCGGGACUCGUACAAGGAAAUCAUCUUUUCCAACACCAUCCAGUCUAUGCGUGCCAUCCUUGAGGCGAUGCCGCAUCUAGACAUCCAGCUCUCGCCCCAAAACGAUGCCCGGCGUUCCAUCGUCCUCUCUCUGCCUGGUCAGAUUGAGGGCGAUGUGCUCCCGCGCGACGUUGCGGAUGCCAUCCGCGGCCUGUGGAGGGACCCUGGUGUGAAGGAAGCUGUUGCUCGCUCGCGCGAGUUCCAGCUCAACGACUCGGCUAUCUACUAUUUCAACGCUAUCGACCGUAUGGCUGCUGCCAACUACCUGCCUACGGACCAGGACAUCCUCCGAUCUCGUGUCAAGACCACUGGUAUCACCGAGACCACCUUCAAGGUUGGUGAGCUCACCUACAAGCUCUUCGACGUCGGCGGUCAGCGGUCCGAGCGUAAGAAGUGGAUACACUGUUUCGAGAAUGUCACUGCCCUCGUCUUCCUUGUCUCCCUGAGCGAGUAUGACCAGAUGCUGUACGAGGACGAGAGUGUGAAUCGUAUGCAGGAAGCGUUGACUCUCUUCGACUCGAUUUGCAACUCAAGAUGGUUCGUCAAGACGUCGAUCAUCCUCUUCCUCAACAAGAUUGAUCUGUUCGCCGAGAAGCUGCCGCGGUCGCCAUUGGGUGACUACUUCCCAGACUACAAUGGCGGCGAUGACUACGACGCAGCGUGCAACUAUCUUCUCCACCGGUUCGUCUCACUGAACCAGAGCGCAGCAACCAAGCAGAUCUAUGCACACUACACCUGUGCAACAGAUACCCAGCAAAUCAAGUUCGUCUUGAGCGCUAUUCAGGAUAUCCUUUUGCAGCUGCAUCUGCGGGAAUGUGGUCUUCUCUAG